UGCCUGUUCCUGCACAAACUUGCGGCGUGUGUCUGCUUCCAGCAGAGAGUGUGACAGCGGCGGGUUGUGCAGUAACAGGAAGGUGCAGCUUGCAUUGCUGUCAGUGUAUCUUCUCGCUGCGAUGUCGAGCGGGCUCUGGAUGUUGCUGCCCGGGUUGCUCUGCUCCGUUUUGCCGGUGGGCAGCGGGCGGCGGCUGGGGAGCAGCCCCGCGGCGCCGAGUGUCUCCCGGGCCAGGUGCACCUCGCGCUGCCUCGCGCUGCACAUCGCACACCUGAGCGCGAGCUUCAGGAGCCUGCAGAUAUAUGAGAUUUUAACUUGGUGUGAAGGUCACAGGAGGUGCGCUCAGUGUCUACAGCCUUGCAAAGAGUUAUGGGACACUGAUGAAAACCAGUGCCAGCGACAGUGUGAGAAACACCAUGAAUGUUUGACAAGUUGUGAGUUUCUGAAAUCCAUUCGGAUGGUGAAGCAAGGUGACUGUCCAGCACCACAGAAAGCCUCCGGGUUUGCAGCAGCCUGUGUCCAGAGCUGCAGUUCAGACACAGAAUGUCCAAGCUCUAGAAAAUGUUGUUCUAAUGGCUGCGGCCAGACCUGCCAAGCACCAUCAAAUAUGUUCAAGGGUGUUCCAUUAAAGCCCAGGAAGGAAUUGAGCUUCACUGAAGACAAAAAUGGAAACCUAGCAGUUGCAUGGAUGUCCAAGUUCAAUAUUUCUAUGGAACCAGUAUUUUAUAUAUUGCAGAGAAGAUGGAACUCUGGAAUGUAUCCAAGUGAAGACGAUGCUAGCAAGUGGGAGACCAUUGCUUAUACAAUAGAGGAGCAUGUUGAUCUGAAAAAUAUGAGACCAAACAUAUGGUACCAGUUCAGAGUAGCAGCAGUCAACAUCCAUGGAACGCGAGGUUUCACUACUCCCAGUAAACACUUCCACUCAUCCAGAGAUCCCACACCGCCAAGUGCACCAAGAAACUUAUGGAAGGGCAACUUUACUGCAAGGCAUAACAGUGUUUUCAGUCUUAUAAUUCACUGGGAUCCACCCGAAGAGGAAGAUCUCUUCAUUCACCAUUACAGAAUUUACUGGAGUCAGUGGGUGUCCAGGAAAACUAUUUUCUUCACAAAGAAAGAAAACUGGAAGAUGGUUGAAGGAGAAAAGCAGGAAGUUGAGAUUGAGGGAUUACAGCCAAAUGCACAAUAUCUGGUGCAAAUGCAGGCAGUGGCUAACUGGGGACAAAAACGCUUAAAGAGCAGCAAAGCUCUGUUCUUUUUUAAUACCCCUUCCACAGACAUCCAGUCGAAUCAUGGCAGUGCCACAGAUGAGGUGUCCAAUGAACUUCCAUCUCUUGAUGAGAUGUUUGACAUUCAAAGUCUGGAGGCAGCAGUUCCCUAUUUCCAUGGUAACCAGCUGCAAGUUAAAGUACAUUGGAAGAAAGCAAAAGAAGAAAGUCUUAAGGAUCACAAUCUCUACCUGUUAACAUGGAUACCAGAAUCCUGUGCGAAGAACACUUCACAAAUACAACAACAUGCAACUGUGAAGGGCACACACUUCGUUAUCACUGGUCUCUUAUUUGCUUGUGAGUAUAAGGUGACUGUGCAACCCAUCAUUCUCCAGGGACAGGCAAGACAAGCUGUGACCUAUGUUACAACUCCUCACUGCAGCAAUUCAAUUAAAACCAAAGUCCUGAAACGCCUACUCUGUGCACGUAAUGGGAUUCGCCAGAUGUCCAGUCAAACGUCUGAAAAAGUUACGUUGAAAGCAGAGAAACUAACUGCUGCCUUUGUUUCUGAAAAUGGUUCAGUCAGUGCAGAGUUUCACUGGCAGGUCUCACAGAAUCAACCCCAUCAGCUAGUCACUGGGUACCAAUUCACCUGGACGGAAAUAUCUGCUGUUAACAGACCAGUUCUCGUACCAGAUGUGGUAAUUUCCCAAACUCAAGUGUUGCCACCAGAUCAGCCCUUUAUUACGAUCCUUGAUCUUAAGCCUCUGACAACUUAUCAGAUUCAAGUUCAAGUACUGUCUACAACUGGCAAAGGCCCAGCAACUGUGAAAACAUUUCAGACUCCACAGGUUUACACCACAGUCUCAUAGAGGUGCUAACCAAAACAAUCAGUCGAAUCCGGUGUCAAGAUGCUCACAGUGAGAGUGGAAUUUCAACAAAACUUGGAAUUAUCAUCACAGUAACCAAAGCUGCUCAUGUUCUAACAAUUGAGCUGUUUAUAUAACUACUCGGAAGAUUGAGUUAUCUGGAUUUUCUGCCUCUGCCUUUGUCAUUGUGUUUAUUGAAAUGUAUAAUUGUUUCAUAUUUCACUAGUUCUUCAAUAUAUACUUAGCAUUUAUAGUUAAAUCUCCAGUAUCUCAGAAAAUCCUGGACUAUUAUAAUUGAGGAAACAGGCUUGUGGUAAUCUUGCUUCCCUGGACAUUGAAAACAAUCUAGAGACAAGCAGAAAACUACUAAUUACAUUCUAAGCUCAAAGAGAUUUCAAUAUGAAUUAUGGAAAGACACAUCAUGGAAUGAGUUAAAAAUUGAUAACUGUCCAAACCACAGGAAAAUCAAUGCCAAAGACUAGUAGUUGUGGUUACAGGAAAACAGACUUCAUAGACAAAGCUUACAAGUGAUGAUAAUAAAUAUUUGGAACUUCUUUUACAUCCUCUUUUCUGUUAAAAAAUAUCUAUCAUAAGCCUGUUUUCUUUUUGCAUUGUUUCAGACUCUCCCUCCUUCAGGAAAUGAAAUCAAUUAAGUAUUUAAAGCACAGGAAGGCAGUGGGAGGGGAAAUUGCAAUUUCUGUCUGAAAUUCAAUAAAACUUAUUACAUAUUAAUCUAACAUUAUAUUAUACGCUGACUAGUUGGACUUUGUAUGUGACAUUUCCAUUAGCACAGCAGAACUGAAACAAUAAUAUUCUGCAGGUAACUGAUUAUCAGUCAAUACUUUGUUUAGUGUGUUUCAGUCUCUGUAUCGGAAAACAAGGUAUUACAAACAUCAAUAACUCAACUAAGAAGUAUCUUUACACAUUUUGUCUGUAUACAAAUUGGAACCUCUAUUUGAAAGGAAUUAAACACCAGAUUCAGUUCAAUAGAUUCAUUCUCUGCUUAUGAUGAACUUCACUUGAAGAGGGAGCAUGUUGGAAAAUCCAGGUUCUGAUAUGAACCCCUAAUGCAGUUUAUACUCAGGAGCACAAACAAAAGUUGCUGGAAAAGGCCUGGUGACCCUUCUUCAGAACUGUACCUGAAACGUUAGCUCUGAUUUUUUCUUCACAGAUGCUGCCAGAUCUGCUGAGCUUUUCCAGCAAAUUCUGUUUGUGUUCCUGACUUACAGCAUCUGCAGUUCUUUCAGUUUUUUUUUAAAACAGAUCAUACUGACUUUUGUAUCCAGAUCAACACUAGGGAUUAAGUAUGCCUUACAACAGGGGAGGAAGUAGUCCAGUAUUUCACACCUAGUUUUGUGGCUACUGGUGAAAUAUAAACCUUGCGAGUAUAAUUCGCCUUCUCUGCCUGAACUGCUAUCAAGGAUUACCUUUUUAUGCUACAUCACAACAUAAUUUCCAUUGAUCAACAUUGGACGAUAACUGCA